AUGUCUUCAAGGGUAGAACAAUCUGCAGAUGGCUUAUUUCGCCAAUUCCUGCCUAAUCUACACACGGAACGUUUCUCGUCUAUGCAAAAGCAGAAUGCACAUGAGUACGUUCGGGCAUUUAAAGAGAGUCAAAACCCUCCUUGGAUUCACUCCCUGUACCUGCACUGGCGGAAGCUCUUUAGCGAGCCAUAUCGCGGAAUUUCCAAUGACGUAUUGUCUAAAGGCAAGCCCAGAGGCAAUCUCUAUGAGCUGCGUGAUGAGGGUGUGCCAAUAGGCGACAUUGUAUCUGCUGCGGAUGAAGCUCUGAAGGCGAUGAGCAGCGAGAUGCGAGAUGCUACCAUGUUCCACAUCGAUUCACCCGAAUGGCGUUCUUGGUCUAAUCCUGAGUUUCUCUUGAGCGACAAGGGUAUCCGUCUGGACGAAGUCUCUGACACCAUCCGAAAACGAGUGCUUUCAGUCUUAAGAGCUACUCUUUCUCCUCGGGGCUACGACAAAGCUCUCAAAGCCAUGGAAAUCAAUCACUUCUUAGGAGAGCUCGUCCAGUCACCAUGUGUGUUGAAUCGCUUUUCGUACAACUUUGUCAUCUUUGGCGAGCCAUCUCAAUAUCAACCUUGGGGGUAUUCAUUCUACGGUCAUCAUCUCUGUUUGAAUAUCUUCCUUAUCCGGUCACAGAUUGUUAUAUCGCCUUGGUUUACCGGAGCAGAGCCAAACUUGAUUGAUGCCGGCAUGAACAGCGGAACUCAGAUCCUUCAGCGUGAAGAACAGCUUGGGUUGUGCUUGAUGCAGAGCCUACAAGCCCCCCAGCAAAAGAAGGCACAGAUAUUCAAACUCAUGAAAGAUCCAUCCAUGCCAGAGGGAAGAUGGAAUCAUGAUGACCAGCGCCACCUGUGCGGUGCCUAUCGAGAUAACCGCGUGGUUCCUUACGAGGGCAUCCUGGUAUCAGAAUUCAAUACUCCACAGCAAGAGCUGGUCAUCGCUAUCCUCGAGGAGUAUCUGAUCUAUCUCCCUCAAGGAUCCCGGGAGAGAUAUAUGGAAAAGAUAAAAGCUUGGUUCCAUGAGACGUAUUGGUGCUGGAUCGGGGGUUUUGGGGAUGAGGACCCCUUCUACUACCGGAUCCAAAGUCCAGUCAUCCUAAUCGAGUUUGAUCAUCACUCGGGCGUCUUUCUUACCAACAAAGAGCCGGCAAAAUUUCACAUCCACACCUUGCUACCAUCUAUCGGCAAUUCAAUCCCGAACAAGCUGGACGAUCACCAUGACUCGCACGCCCUUGUCGAAAGGAACAGCGCCCCACCCCGCAAAAAGGAUUGGGUGGAGCCGACCCCACAAUCUCCAUGGGGUAAUGACCGUAAUGUUAACAGCAGAGUUCCAGACCCGAAGAAUAUCUUCCGAUUGGUCGACUACACCAGGCCUCACUUGUACGCCUCGUGUGGAAGUCUCCUUCCCCAACCAGGAUCGGUUAAAAGCAGCACAGCAUCAACUUCGAGAGAAUCUGGAUUUGAAUUGGUCCCAGUCUCGCAAAAGACUCCUCCGGCUCCCCCGGGGACCGAGCAGCUUUUCGUGAGCCGCGUUCAUGAUGCCAACAACGCUUCUGACCUCCAGUUUAUCACCGACCACAGCGGCAACCAUAUCCUUCUCAUUCCCCAGCCGUCGUUGACAGACCCGAAUGACCCUCUUCGCUGGUCACGCAUCAAGAAAUGGGCAGCUUUGGCGAAUGGGGUUGGGUACGCCUUCAUGGGUAGUGUCACCGGCCCGAUCAUGGCGGCAGGGAUGAUUCCCUUGACAGAGACCUUUGGCGUGUCACUCCAGAAGAUGACAUAUGCGAACGGGGCGACACUUAUCUGCCAAGGAGUUGGGAAUAUUUUCUGGAUGCCUUUGGCAGUCAAGAUCGGUCGACGACCAGUCUACAUGGCCUCUAACCUGCUCAUGGGAGUGGCUUGCGUCUGGCUUGGGCUUGCCUCGACCGCUUCGUACGUGCCCCUGCUCGUCGGGCGCGCAUUUUUGGGUCUGUUUGAGGCCCCCAUCGAGUCCAUUGUGCCGAGCACCAUUACCGACCUGUUCUUUUUGCAUGACCGUGGCGAAAAGGUGUCAUCCUACGGCCUGUCUGUUCUCGGAGGCAAUGAGCUGGGUCCUUUAUUCUCAGCACUUAUUAUUCAACAUCUAGGGAUGAACUGGGCAUUCUUUAUCGUCGCCAUGUUCAUCGGUUUGAAUGCGGUCACUAUGUUCUUCUUCAUGCCCGAGACGAAAUAUACCGGCGUACGACCAAGCACCGCCUUUGUGUGCGAGCAGCCGAAGCAGCACGAGGUGAUGAUCGAGAAUGUGUCAUCUAGCAAGCACAACAGACCUAACGAAGUCGAGAGCGCCAGUCAGAGCCCCCCGAAGAAGAGCUUCAUCCGUGAGCUAGCGCUGUGGGAAAGGCCCGACCCAAGUGUCAGCCUUUUGAGCACUUUUUUAAGGCCAUUCAUCCUCCUUACCUACCCAACUGUGUUGUGGUCUUGCUUGACCUACGGCAUGGCCCUUGGCUGGAACGUGGUCAUUGGCGCCUCAACCGCUCAAUUGUUCGCUCCGCCUCCCUAUCUUUUCGACUCGCAGGCCCAAGGUCUUGUCUUCCUCUCCCCUUUCAUCGGAUCACUGAUUGGUUCCUGGCUUUGCGGCUCGCUUUCAGACACGGUGGCCAACUAUUUCACCAAGAGGAACGAUGGUGUUCGCGAGCCGGAAAUGCGUCUUCCGAUCUGCGCAUUUGCUGCUGUCCUAACGUUUUUUGGUGCAUUGAUAGCAGGCUUAUGCUACCAUUACAAAACACAUUGGGCCGGACCUGUCAUAGGCUUUGGUGUGCUGACCACUGGCGCGCAAAUGGGGGUGUCGCUGUCUAUGAGCUACGCCCUUGACUGCCACCAGGAGCUUUCAGUGGAACUCAUGGUCACCGUUGCUUCGGUCAAAUCUCUCAUUGCUUGGAUCUGGACUUGGGUCAUCAACGACUGGAUCAUCUCUGAUGGUAUGCUUGUGGUUUUCAUGAGCAUUGCUACCGUCAACGUAGUCGUUAAUGCAACGACGUUCGUCAUGUAUUUCUAUGGCAAGAGAAUUCGUUCGUGGAUUCACGAGAAGGAUCUGUUUACGAAGCUGAAUCUGUAG